AUGCUCGGGCUGUAUGCCGAGGCACGAGCAGCCUCAUUCAAGGAGGAGACAAUUCAAAAGGCAUUUCGCAAGACAGGGAUAUGGCCUGUAAACAAGGAUGCAUUGCAGAGCUCAGAUUUUGAGCUAUCACUGGCGACAACAACAGCGGUUCUUCUCCCAGAUCCUGACAAAGGCGCCUUAGACUUGCUGGAUAUGACAUUGGAGGCAUCAAACAAAGCUAUUGGAAUUGUCUACUUGAUAGCUGCAGACCCCCCAGUUGAACAAGAUAAACUUGAAAGCCAUAUAGCGGCAAAUCCGUCGCAACUUCCAGCAGAUCUACAAGAUUAUGACGUCCCGGCUGCCUUGCGAGCCUGCUCAAUGCCUGCUUUGCCUGACCAGAAUGUUGAUAGCUCUGUGCUAAGGAGUCGCAUUCGCGAGUAUGAGCAGGUUAUAGCAGCACAGUCUGCUCAACUGAUGGUGAGCGCCACCUGGAACAAGCUGUUCCAUUUGGAGAAUGGUCAGCUGCGUCAAAUCGCGCUCAAGAAAACCACGCGACAGAAAAACAAGUUCCUUAACACAAAGGCACGAGUUAUGACAUCUCCAGAGGGCCUGGACGAAAUCAAGGCAGACGAAGAGAGGCGAGCCGCAAAGGCAGCAGAGAAGGCAGCAAAGGCAGUGGCCCGAGCAGAAAAGGCUGAACUUAAGGGUAAAAGGGGUACUGGAGGACAGAAGGGCCAAAAAGUGCGAUUCCAGGUCAAGGACAACACCUCUGAUACGGCAUCUGAUGCAGCCACCUCCGACUCGGACACUGAUAGGCUCAGCAAUGCACAACCCACCCAUCGCACCACACGCUCAGGACUGUCUGCAAAGUCUAACAGCACUGGAUUGCAUGCAGAUCCAUCAAAGGCACCCCAGGCGGCAGCACAAGAUACCCCUGUCACCCUGCGUCGCGGACGGUCAGCUACCGCUCAGAAGGAGAGCCCAAAAAGGCUAUCUACUGGUAUUAAGUCGGGUUCCUCACAAAUAUUGGCUCUGGAAAUGCUGCCACCCCUAAUACAGUCGGCGUUUCCAUGA